AUGACAUCGUUGGAAAAACAACUGAACCAUCUACGAACGGCAGUUAGUGGACAACUUGAAGUGGAGCGACCACACGUGUCACUGCUUUUUGAUAAGAAAGAUGCAGGCUCGUUAUAUGUGGAAAAUGCAUUGCAAAUUGGGCGUGCUGGGCUAACAGAACUGAGGAAAGUUGAUCCGGAAAUAGCUGUUAAGGAAGAGGAUUUAUUUGAUGAUGCGGCGGUUAAUGUGCAACGUGCACUUCUGACAAAAGAAGAGAAUGCAUUACUUAAUGAGAAACUUGAACGACUGAUUAUACAGCUUUCUGCUUACCUGCAUCAUCUGUCAGCGAAGCAAAUCCUGGAAUGGUUGAUAUUUCAGUUUCAUGUGCAAAGUUUCAAUGCCGAAACUUUAUUUAUUGUAUUCUUACCAUAUCACAAUUCGAAUAUAUUUGGACGAUUGCUAUCAAUACUUGAUUUAAAAGGAUUGGAAUAUGAGUGGGUCAAAGAACACGCUAACUUAGAAGCACCUAUCCCAAUGACAAAAUUGGUCUUUAUUUGUGCUUCAAGAAAUCACUCAUUACUCACUCUUAUACACAACCAUAUUGAACGUGUCAGAGAGUUAUUUAGUGCGAAAUUUGUGGAAACUAAAUUACCGCAUUUGUUCACCUUUUUUGCUUCAAUUUCUGUGCAUCUUUUGGCAAAAUCUGAUGUAACGCAUGCUUUAGUUUCGAAAAUGUUGCCUUUCUUGGCCAGGGACUUAACAUCAGAUUUAAUUUCCCUGCGAUUGGCAUGUCUUACUGUAAUAAGCCAGCUUUGCAUAAAUGUUAAGUUAAUCUCCAACAAGCUCUUUCCAAUGAUUAAGCUUAUUUUGCUAAAAAUGGACAGUUAUACCAUGAAGGAAUCAAUUGACACCUUGGUAGUCAUUUACCAGCGCCAAGAAAUAUCCAGUUUUCCACUGAAAUUGAAGAUCGCUUUGAAAAUUGCUAGGAAGGAUGAAUGUCUGCACAUUUCCAAAUAUAUCAAGUCUUUAUUCUCUGUUACGGAUAUGCUACAAUUCAUUGGAGCAUUUGUGCAUACUUUUAUUCCACUGCUGUCAAAAUGCGAUAAGGAAGAAAAAUUGAUGGAAUUAUGCAAUUUCUGCAUCAACUGCUUGGAUUUAACAGUGCUGAAUGAUCGUAUAUCAGAAACAAUCCUGGGUUUGGUAUUGGAGUUACUGUCAGAAAUGAAUGAUGCUGAGAAAAUGCCGAAUAUUUUUUACAAACAUAUACGUGCCUUGAUAUUUAGAUUUCCGAAUGCUUUUGCAACAGUCGGCUCGGAGUGGAAAGUACGCGAUAAGAAUGUUCACAACAUGUUGCUGAAAGCCUGUAAAUUUGAACAGCAUGAGAUUGAAACUUUUGAAGUGGUUACAGUGAAGAAAAAAAAGCGUCGUCGGCGUCAUAGCAGCACUAAAAGUAGUACAGAUGAAGGAGGGAGUCAAUCCUCAUCUCAUGUUUCCAAGCCUGCAUUGAAAAGAAAACGUCCAGAAGAAAUUAAGCAGGAACAGCUGAAUUCAGUUCGCGAAUCAUGCAAAAUCACAUUCAAAGGUGAUCCGCUAGAGAAGUUGAUUGAUACAAUUAAAGCUGAAGACUGGUCGCUUGCAGAAGCAGGUCUGGAAGAAUUAAUUAAGCCUUCUUAUUUGAAAAACCGGAUAGCAUCUGAAUUUGAAAUGUUUUUCUCGGAAAUGGUUGCUAUUGCGCUCGCAGAAGGAUCUCAUCUGAAAACUGCAGUAAAAAAUGCUUUAUCACAACUACCGGUGGAUACUGAUUUUGCGCUUUCCUUAUUGAAACCUUAUACUGGAUCGAGGAAUGUCAGACAAAGUGAUAUGUGUCACUGGUCUUGCUUUAAAGAUGAAGGUACCGGCAAGUUUGAAACCAGGCGCCUAUUUGUACUGGAAUUACUGCUUAUCAAUCGCACUCUUCAAGCAUCGGCUAAACUGUUCCAUCAACUUUAUGAGAUUUUAAAGGAAGUUAUGCAGAAAGAUGAUGAAGACAGUCAGUAUUUGGAGCAGCUGAUUAUCAAUUUCAUCGUAUGCUUAGUUAAAAAUCCUCGUGGUUAUGAAGUCUUGGCGGAUGAUUUGCAACUAGAUACAAUUGUUGAUAUUGUUCGCCAUACUCAAAAUCAUCGAAUUCUUCGGGAUUGCCUACAAUUGCUGACGUGUGCUGUGACUGUUUCGCCAAAAAAGGUAUUGGCGCAUCUGAUGUCUGUUUAUACGUUUAUGGGUGAUGGAGUGCUAAAGAAGGAUAACGAUUUAACUCUAAGUGUAAUUGAGGAAACGUUGAAUGUGUUAUUUUCGACUGUUAUGAGCGAAAAGGACCAAUCGUUUUACGAACAACUGGUGACAACUUCCCGGCUAUUUGCAGCGUCGAUUACUGACAUUCCAGCGCAUCGACGUGAUAAAAUUUUACGUGCUGUAUCUCGAUCUGCGGGAACGCACCAUCUUUGGGCAGUGAUCGCUAUUCUUUUUGAGCGGUAUUGCUUAAAUUGGUCGAGAAAGUCAGAAGGUUAUAAUGGACAGUUUUCAGGCCGAACAUCAACUGAAUUAUAUGAAGAGAUGUCAGCUAUUAUGGUGUCGGAGUACGACGCUGUGGAACAGCUUUUAUGUACUGCAAAUAUGAUAAAACAUAUUAUCAAGUUGGGAGGUGAUUUUUCAGUUUGCGAAAGCCCAAUUACAACCGUUAGUCAGAAGGAGAAAUUUUUGUCAAGAAUAUUCGAUCGAACGAAACAUUCGGUGCAAAAAUUACGGCACUAUCGUUUUGCCAUAUUGGGUUGGAUUGCUAGGCUUUUAGAAAGUGACGAAUUUAAAACAAAGUUUCGGUUGGUAGCCGUCGAUAAUAUUUCGUAUGAUAGGCUACUUGAAACUGCGAAAGUUCUUUUAUUUUGUUCCGUUGAACUUGAUGAUUUUGUCACUACGGAAGCAUCAGAUGCUGAAAAACGUAAUGUUCAAGCAAAUUCAGGCCAACGGAUUGCAAACAAUUGCAAAUAUUGGAUUGCAGUCUCAUCACGUGCGGAUAUCGUCAUCGAAAAGUAUCAAAAUUUAUUGCCAAGUAAUGUUUGCGGGCAUAUUGUGGUGGAUGUUCUGGAACAAACUGCAACUAUGCCAAAAUUGAGGGAUCGAGCACUACAAUUCCUGAAUGCUAAACUGCUGCAAGAUGGUUCAUAUAUAUGUAGCGUGAAAAUGGAUCAUUUAAAUAGCUUGAUUAGAAAAUUUAACUGUUGGCUAAAACCGGCUGAAAAGGGAUUUGAUGUUGAUUUGUGCCAGAAGGCAGCUCAUACACUGAAACUGGUGGCACGUAAUAUGACACCAUCAACAGGUUUCAUGUUGUUAUCUGAAACGCUAGAAUUAACUGCGAAAUUGCUCACUAAUCGGAGCAAAUACGAUGAAACUUUGACGGGUAGCUUGCUAUUGUUGGCUGGUGAAUUAAUGCGCUUUCAACGCGUAAAAAAUUCCAUUCUAUAUUCAAAUACCUUGACGGCAGUUUGCACUGAAAUCCUUUCAACCGUACUUGAAGCACAAACUGUAAUCAGAACUAGCAGUAAUCAGCAGACUAAUCUGUCAAAAGACGGCGUUUUGUGGGGGCGAAGACGUCGCACUCAACAAUCAAUGAGUGGUCGGUAUGUGACGAGCAGCGAUGCAUUACUGAUUUGUUCGCUGAUUUGUUUACAACGGAUUUUAGAAAAUUUUGCCGAGUUUAUUUUUAAACAUCUAUCACCUAUUCUUAUUAUUAUUUCACGAUUAUGUCGCACGUGUGAUUACAUACCUUCAGUAAACUGUUCCGCUCAACAGAUGCAGCUAUCGAAUAAAUUUUCAGCUGUUCACCAACGAAUUUCCUGCAUAUGUCGCUCAUUAUCAAAAAUGGAGCUAAGAAUUGUUUUAGAUGCUUUUGAUGAAGCCUGCAAUACUUUGAUAAUUGAACCGACAGCUGUGGGUAUACUUUUCAAAAUGUUUUCGUCAAUUAAUGACAUCAAAAAUAGAGAAAUAUUGCUAAAAUUCGUCGUUCGUGUAUGCGAUCUUUAUUUCCAUGGUCUUGACGUGCGCUCAAGUAAUGCGAAAUUAGAGGAAAAUGAUGCCAUCGAUAAUGCUGAAUUGAUGAUUAUUGAUAGCUUUUUGGAAGUUAUUGAUAAUUUAUCUGAAAACGAAUUCCGGACGGUGGUCAAAUCUAUCCACAUGCGUUUGCAAGAAGCUAUAUUCCCGAAAGCCAAAAUAGAAGUGCGAUAUCGUUCGAUUACAAUAUUUAAGUUUUUAAAUCGCUUCUACGAGUCAUAUAAAAAUAUAUCAUUACCACAUUUUGGUCGAUUUUUUGCUCUCUUGCCGGAUAUCUUUUCGCGGUGCAAUUCUCACAUUGCAGAUUCUUAUUCCCUGAUAUUCUAUGAUGGCGAAGAUUUAGCAAAUUCUGUCGCUGUUUCAAUGGGUCAUUUGUUGACCGUUAUGAUAGACUUUGUUAAAAACUGUGCCCUUCAUCCAUCAUUCUUUACUUCAGAACGAGCAAGAACUGUGCUGGAUUUCUUGGUAGAUGAAUUAGAAAAUAAAGAUGUACCGGGACAUGAACUUCGUUGCGUGCCUCAUCUAGCUGAAUGCUUCUAUAAUAUUAUUGAUUGCCAAAAUGAAGUUCUAAUGGAUACAAUCAAUAAAAUCAUGUUGAAAACGCGUAGCCAAAGUUCGAAGGUCCGUUACCGCACUUUGUUGGUUCUGAAAUGGUUGUUCGAGCGCAUGGGUGAUGCUGUUGCACCAACAUUACCAUCGGUGCUACCAUUCUUAAGCGAACUUCUUGAAGAUGAUAAUAGAAAAGUUGAAAUGCAGUGUGAUGCAGUAAUUGGCGUUUUGCGAAAGAAUUUCGGGGAGAGAAUCACGGAGGGAUAUACUUAA